CCUCAUCUCUUUCACGUGCUGCUGCCAAAAUGGCGGAUCUACAGAUGAAAAUUAUCCGGAAAAGAUUGCAGAAGAAAAACGCCAAAAUUAAACAUAUCAACUCAGCGGCGGGCGGAAAAGUGGUCAAACAAAAGGAAGUGGAAAAUGAAAUGCCUCCAGAGGAGGCAACUGAUCAGGAAAAUACUCCAAAAGUGUUGAAGGAAGGACAGAGAAUUAUGAAAGAUGAGACUGAGCUGAAACCUGUAUCAGAAACCAAAAAGAAAAGAAAGCUUGCAACUAACAUCCAGGAAACUGAAAUCAAAAAGCCAAAGAAUGCUGAAGCGAAGGAGGAGGAUGGUGAGCUGGAAGUGAACAAAGCUGAUGACUCAGAAGUGAAACAGGAUCAAAAGGAUGAGGAAAUUGAAGAGCAAUCUGAACAUGAUGGAGAGCCGACUUUGCCUUUAGGGUUGACAGGGGCUUUCGAAGACACUGCUUUUUCUUCUUUGGCUGACAUGGUUAGUGAGAAUACUUUAAAAGGGAUUGCUGACAUGAGCUUCACUCAUAUGACAGACAUACAACUGAAAAGUAUCCGACCUUUGCUGGAGGGGAGGGAUAUUUUGGCUGCUGCUAAGACAGGCAGUGGGAAAACAUUGGCAUUUCUCAUUCCUGCCAUUGAACUGAUCUACAAACUUAGGUUCAUGCCCAGAAACGGGACAGGUGUCCUUGUUCUGUCACCAACUAGAGAAUUAGCCAUGCAGACAUAUGGUGUUCUGAAAGAACUAAUGACACACCAUGUUCAUACUUAUGGCUUACUCAUGGGAGGCAGCAACAGAACUGCAGAAGCACAAAAAUUGGCAAAUGGAAUCAACAUUAUAAUAGCAACUCCAGGGAGACUGCUGGAUCAUAUGCAGAACACACCAGGGUUUAUGUACAAGAACCUGCAGUGCCUGGUAAUAGAUGAAGCGGAUCGUAUCCUAGAAGUGGGAUUUGAAGAGGAGUUGAAACAGAUCAUCAGACUUCUGCCAAAGCGGCGGCAAACUAUGCUUUUCUCGGCAACACAAACUCGUAAGGUGGAAGAUUUAGCUAAAAUCUCACUGAAGAAAGAACCUUUGUAUGUUGGCGUUGAUGAUGACAAAGAAACUGCAACUGUAGAAGGCCUUGAGCAGGGUUAUGUAGUUUGCCCAUCGGAGAAAAGAUUCCUCUUGCUCUUCACUUUUCUAAAGAAGAACCGUAAGAAGAAGCUCAUGGUUUUCUUCUCUUCAUGUAUGUCUGUGAAAUAUCACUAUGAGCUCUUGAACUACAUUGACCUGCCUGUUAUGGCAAUUCAUGGAAAGCAAAAGCAGACAAAACGUACAUCCACCUUCUUCCAGUUCUGUAAUGCAAACGAUGGAAUACUGCUGUGUACCGAUGUCGCUGCCAGAGGGCUUGAUAUUCCUGAAGUAGAUUGGAUUGUACAGUAUGACCCACCCGAUGAUCCAAAGGAAUAUAUCCACCGUGUGGGUAGGACUGCACGAGGAAUUAAUGCACGAGGGCAUGCAUUACUUAUUCUGAGAGCAGAAGAACUGGGUUUCCUUCGUUAUCUCAAACAGGCCAGGGUACCUUUGAAUGAGUUUGAGUUUUCCUGGAGCAAGAUCUCAAACAUACAAGUUCAGCUGGAAAAACUAAUUGAGAAAAAUUACUACUUGCACAAAUCUGCACAGGAAGCCUACAAGUCAUAUAUCCGUUCCUAUGAUUCUCAUUCUCUCAAAGAGAUCUACAGUGUCAGCACCCUUGAUUUGCCCAAAGUAGCACUCUCAUUUGGCUUCAAAGUACCACCAUACGUUGAUCUCAAUGUGAAUGCCAGCAAAGGAAUGAAACUGAAGAAGAGAGGCGGUGGAGGUGGAUUUGGGUAUCAGAAGGCCAAAAAUGUUCAUAAAGCAAAGAUCUUCAAGCAAAUUGGAAAGAAUAAAUCAGACAACAGACAGUUUUCCCGUUAGAUAGCCUUACCACAACUGCAAAAUUCUUCGUCUUUUUAAAGCCACAAGCUUUCAGGUUAACCAGCUUUGGCAACUUUCUUCAGAUCCAUACUGAUUAAAGCAAUCAGUAACUGACUCGUCGUCAGUUUUCCUCAAGUAAAGCUAUUAUUUUUACAUGUUUACUCUUUAUAGAAUUUACUAUUUAAAUGAGUUUAAUUUGAACAUAAAAGCCCUGUUUAUAAUGAACCUUUAAAUUGUGACUAUAUUGAAUAAUAUUAAAGCUCACUGACAGAUCUUAUAUUCAGGUUCAGCAAAGUAUUUCCCAUUCAGCUGAUGUUUUUUUCAAGAAAAUAUUUAACAGGACCAGAGACUGCUAGCUUUUUGUCUUGUUGGAUAAGUAAUCUAGAGAUGUAUAUAAAAUUGUCUACUUUUCUGACUAUAAUGAACCAUUCCAUGUUUGUUUAAUCUGCACAUAAAAAUUUAAUGCAGUGUCACCCAAAAGAGGAGAAAGUUAUUAGGAUAUUUUCUGUUGAAGAGUUUGAUGCCAUCUAUGGUCUUCAAGAUAUUGCAGACUAUACAACUUGGUUCUUGUUUACUGCAUUUACAGUAAUGUGUAAAUUGUUAGUUUUGUCGUCUCAGUUUAUAUUCUAAAGUUAUUUCUUUUCCUGAA